AUGGCGGACGAAAUAUACUACCCCCAUCCAGAGAUUGCGAAAAACGCUUACUGCAACAGCAUGGAACAAUACAGAAAAAUGCACGAAAAGUCAGUGAAGAAUCCAGCGGAAUUCUGGGGUGAAAUUGCGAAGCAAUUUUACUGGGAAACUCCAACUUCGGAGGAUAAGUUUUAUUCUUAUAACUUCGACCUUAGCAAGGGUGAUGUUUUCAUAAAAUGGAUGGAGGGUGCGUCGACGAACAUAAGCUUCAAUUUGCUCGACAAAAAUGUGAAGAGUGGAAACGGCGACAAGAUUGCAUUCUAUUGGGAGGGCAACGAUCCGGACGAUUACUCGCGAUUGACUUACAGGAAGUUACUCGAGGAAGUAUGCAGAUUCGCGAACGUUUUGAAAUCGAAAGGAGUGACGAAAGGAGACCGCGUGGCGAUUUACAUGCCAAUGAUUUUGGAACUACCCAUUGCCAUGCUGGCGUGUACCAGAAUCGGUGCCGUCCAUAGUGUAGUGUUUGCGGGAUACUCGUCAGAUUCUUUGGCAGAGCGUAUAUUAGACUCGAAGGCGAAAGUGCUUAUCACGACCGAUGGCGUAUGGAGAGGUGAAAAACUUUUGCUACUAAAAGCUAUCUGCGACGAGGCUUUGAACAAGGUGAAAAAACAUGGCCACGAAGUGGAGUAUUGCGUAGUGGUGGCUCAUCUAAGGAGAUUAACCAGUCCGCAAGGUGUUAAAGCAGACGCGACAGGAAAGACAAACGGAGUGAACGGUAACAGCGAUGGAAAUGGCGUGGACACUCCUCGUAUUCCAUGGGACGACGACCGUGAUGUUUGGUGGCACGACGAGAUGGAAGAAGCCGAAGACAGGUGUUACCCGGUCUGGAUGGCCGCCGAGGAUCCAGUAUUCAUUUUGUACACCAGUGGUUCUACAGGAAAACCGAAAGGUGUCCUUCACACCACGGCCGGUUAUUUAAUUUAUGCAGCGACUACGUUUAAGUAUGUCUUUGAUUAUCAUCCUGGCGACGUAUAUUGGUGCACAGCAGACGUUGGCUGGAUCACUGGUCACACUUAUGUUGUCUAUGGUCCAUUAGCGAAUGGAGCUACAUCGGUUCUUUUUGAAGGUACACCGUUUUAUCCGAGCAACGACCGAUAUUGGGUGGUCGUUGAUAAAUACAAAGUUUCUCAAUUCUAUACUGCACCAACCGCGAUUAGAUCGUUGAUGAAGUUCGGAGAUGAAUUAGUAAAGAAACACGAUUUGUCUACCUUGAAGGUGUUAGGUUCAGUUGGAGAGCCGAUCAAUUCCGAAGCUUGGCUCUGGUUCUACAAUCUUGUUGGCCACGGAAAAUGCAGCAUAUCGGACACAUUCUGGCAAACGGAAACCGGUGGUCACGUGAUCACACCCCUGCCUGGUGCUACGCCAAUGAAACCAGGCUCUGCAACGUUCCCAUUCUUUGGCGUUUUACCAGAAUUGUUAGACGAGGAUGGAAGAUUGAUCGAGGGCGAAGGAGAAGGAUUCCUCGUUUUCCGUCAACCUUGGCCAGGAAUGAUGAGAACACUUUAUGGAAACCAUCAACGCUUCCAGAAUACAUACUUCGAUAGAUUUCAUGGAUUCUAUUGUACCGGUGAUGGUGCCAGGCGUGAUGCAGAUGGAUAUUUAUGGAUCACCGGACGUAUUGAUGAUAUGUUGAAUGUUUCUGGUCACCUAAUGUCUACCGCUGAAGUUGAAAGUGUUUUGACUGAACAUUCCUUAGUAGCUGAAGCAGCUGUAGUCAGUAAGCCACAUCCUGUGAAAGGACAAUGUCUAUAUUGUUUCGUCACACCCAACGAAGGAGCGUCAUUUGACAAGAAGCUUCAGGACGAGUUGAAAAAAAGAGUACGUGAAAGAAUCGGUCCUUUCGCUCAACCGGACAUCGUCCAACAUGCACCAGGAUUACCAAAGACACGAUCAGGGAAAAUCAUGAGACGUAUACUCAGGAAGAUCGCAGCAGGUGAUAGAAAUGUCGGAGACGUGUCGACGUUAGCCGACGAGAGCAUCGUGGAUCUUCUAUUCCAAUUAAGGCCGCAAGUUUAAAGAAGCAUCGUCGAUAUAGCCAUUAUCAAAUAAAACGUAGUUAGCUUAGAAAUGAAAACGAAAGGAAUGGCACACUUCCGGUGAUCGAUGAAUAAGCGAAACUACAGAAUUGUAGUUAUUAACAAGAAUAAUGCUAAUUACUGUUAAAACAUUGAGGAAAGAACUACCGAGGUUGAGAAUAAUUAGUAGAAUAAUCGAGCUCUGAAGUAGUGUCCUAUAAAAGAAACUUCCGUUUUAUACGUUAGCAUUGUUACCUCUUUUCUUAAUAGCUUUUAUUUAUAACACUAUUUAUCAAUUAUUUUCCUAGAUAAUUAUGACGCGGUAAUAGUCAUUGCUUUUAGUCGGACACAAUUUCAAUGCAUUUUAAUUUCAUUGAUUGAUACUUGUUCAAAUCAGAGACUUAUUUAAACGAUAAUUAUCAUUUUAAUUUGUACGUAUAGAGAUGAAAAAAAACGAAAUAAGCAAUGUGAAUUAUAUAAGAAAGCUGAAGUGAACCUAAAUCUAUUUGUGAUUUUUCAAAAAACGAUUACUUCUAUUAAUCGUUGCACAGCGAUCAUCAUCUUAGCAAUAUUUUGUGAACAUAAAGUAAUACCGAAAUCGUAUGAUACACAGCCAUUGUUCGACAUUGUUGACAAAAAGAAAACUUUUAUAAGGUGUGCGUCUAUGAUGUACACGUGUCUAUGAUAGAAUGAAAGUAUCUCAAAAACUUUUUGAAAGUUUACAAAACCAUUUAAUAUAAUUAUAUUUUCGAUGAUGAAAUGUUAUGUUGCGAUAACAUAAUUUUAGGAAAGUGUCACAGUACAAGAAAUUAAUUUGGUUCCGUUUCGAACACGUAGCCAAGUUAUAAAUCAUUUAUAGAUCUCGCGAAAUUGUUUUUAUUAUCGUUUAAGUUCUGUAACGACUUCCUAUAACGAAAGCGCUCGUAACAGGUUCUAAUUAGUUCAUCUGUAAGACGUUCGUUCGAUUGAUAUCGUUGAUUAUCAAAGUUCGAACGCGUUUAUAAAAAUGUAAAUUGUAAAAAAUAAUGACAGAAAAACAUUGUCUAUAGAAUAAGAAUUUUUGUUGUUGUUAAAUCUCGAUUACCCUUAAGUGUACCGUUAAGAAUAGGUAUCAAGAAAAUGAUAGAAUUAUUUAAUUUGGAUGUAAUAUUUUUGUUACAAUGAUUUUAUUGUUCUAUAACGAAGAACAAAAGACCUAAUUAUACGCACGAUCAUUAAACGCACUGUACAAGGAAGUCGACAUUUUCCAUAAGUUUUUUAGAAGGCUGGUUUUACAAUGUAAAUGUUAUACUAUAUGUAAGCUGAGCCAAAUGAAAUGUUGCCUCGUGUCCCUUAUUUGGGACGAAACAUACAUAUCAUUCCUCGCGGAACAAAUCAACUAUAGGUGUGAUAAUAAUAUAUACAUAUAUUUAAAAAAUCUCUAUAUAUGUAUAUUACAUGAAAUAAUGCAAAAGCAUCUAUAUGUAAAUAUAUCUAUGUUGAAGGACAAAUAAAAAUGGUCUGUUAAGUAAAAUCA